GAAAAUGAAAAAAGGGAUUGUGCUUUAAGCAGUGUUAUUGGCGGCGAUGUCGCAAGUGCCGAGGUCUGGCUGGUGGUGGGUCUCAACAUUUUUUUUCUGGGGCGUUUUGGAAAUGCUAGCCGCUGCUCAUUCUUAUCGCGCAUGCUAUGAAUAUAGACUGUCGCUCCUACCUUCUUUUUCUUUUGUAUCUUCGUUCCUUCGCUUGUUUUUAGACUGCACAUACAAUAAUAAACCGAUGGAGUCCAUCUUAUCGUUCGUCUCCUCCAUCUGGGGGUCCCUUGGCUUCUGGAAAGCCGCGGCCAUCUUCUUCGCUUUGCUGAACCUGAAGACCUUUCCCAUGGUCUGGCAUAUCCGCGUCUACCGCUACUUCUUCAAACAUGGUUACUUGAUCACCCCCGCCGUGGAGCAGCCCGCGCGACCCAGCACCGAGCUCCUCGACCCUGUCAGCAUCUACUCGCGUGCCCCGAUCAUGGAACUUGACUUCAACAUGCACAAGUCCAACUCGACCUACUUCUCCGACCUGGACGUCUCGCGAACGGCCCUCAUGUCCAGCAUCGUCGUCAAGGGCGCCGCGCUCCUCGAAAAGCAGCUCGCCGCCAACGGCAAACGCGGACCUCUCGGCUUCAUCCUCGGCAGCGUCUACACCAGCUUCAAGCGCGAAAUCCCCGCCUACAUGAAAUACGAGGUCAAGUCGCACGUGGCGAGCUACGAUAACAAGUGGAUCUACAUCAUCACGUAUUUCCUGAAGCCCGGGAAGAAGGGUCGCGUGUUGGAUGCCGAGGCCUUGAAGAAGAAGCUGUACGCUGUCUCGAUUAGUCGCUACGUGUUGAAGAAGGGAAGGUAUACCGUUCCGCCGAAGGAUGCGUUCCAGGCGGCUGGUUACACGCCUUUGUUGGAUAUCGUGGCUGCCAAUGGCAAUGGACACGCGACCGCGGUGGAGAAUGGUGACGCGAAUGGCGACGUCACCCAGCGCAAGGGCGCUGAAGCGAAGGAUGGGGAGUGGGGCAGACUUAAGGAGGAAAUUGACCGUGGAUUGGACGUUGUCCAGCCGUUCAUUCAUCAGGAGGAGAAGCUGAUAGAGGAGUAUGUACAUAAGAUGACCCUGCCGGGGUUUGCCUGAGGCUUGUUGAUUAGAUUAGAUUAGAUGGUUAUUUAUAGAUUAGACUUCGCGAUAUACACACAUAGAGCCAUAGACUAUUGAAUUUGAUCUUGAUAUCGAUAAGAGUAUAGGGCCUAGAACUAUGUACAUCUAUUGCAUCAUCACAUCAAGAGUCUUGCAAAGUAGUCGACAACGCCUCCCACUCCUUCACGCCCACCCCGGCAUGUUGUCCCUGCGACCCCGAAGCAGCUAGGAUCGCACGAAUUGACUUGGUCUCCAGCUCUUCAAACGUCACAACAUCAGGAGUAUCCGUUACCUCCAGCGGAUACGCCGUCUUAUUAACAGCCUUCAGCCACUUGCCCUCCCCAUCCUUAUACUCAACAUACCACUCCCUUGGCGGCGCAACUCCAAUGUCC